GAAGGAGGAAGCCAACUCAGGAAGGGAUCAGGUUGAGUAUUUGUUGGCCUUGGGGAGCCCUGCUGGACGAGGGAAAGCACCGCUGGGGCUGGAGCAUGGCAGAUGAGGAAAACCCCCCUCUUCCUCCUCUUACGCCUCCUGCUGCUCCUCUUCCUCCAGAGGAUGAUGAGGAUAUUGGCGUCCCUUUGUCCCACCAGGAUCCCUGUGCCGCGACCAUUGCCACCACCAGCAGCAAUAGCAGCAACAGCAGCCGGUGCAAUGUGCUGAGCUGGGCUCAAGUGCAGCGUCUGGACGGGAUCCUGAGCGAGACCAUCCCAAUCCACGGCCGGGGCAACUUCCCCACCUUGGAGAUGCAGCCCCGGCAGAUUGUGAAAGUGGUGCGCAGCCGCCUGGAGGAGAAGCGGAUCGGGGUUCGAGACGUGCGCCUCAACGGUUCAGCCGCCAGUCAUGUCUUGCACCAGGACAGCGGCCUGGGCUACAAGGACUUGGACCUCAUCUUCUGCGCCGACCUCAAGGGCGAAGGCGAGUUCCAAACCAUCAAGGACGUUGUCCUGGACUGCCUCUUGGACUUCCUCCCCGAAGGGGUCAACAAGGAGAAGAUCACCCCACUCACCCUCAAGGAGGCCUAUGUGCAGAAAAUGGUGAAAGUGUGCAAUGAUUCAGACCGAUGGAGUCUUAUCUCCUUGUCCAACAACAGUGGCAAAAAUGUGGAGCUGAAAUUUGUGGACUCUCUGAGAAGGCAAUUUGAGUUCAGCGUCGAUUCGUUCCAAAUCAAACUAGACUCGCUCCUCUUGUUCUACGAAUGUUCUGAAAACCCAAUGACUGAAACUUUUCACCCAACUAUCAUUGGGGAAAGUGUCUAUGGGGAUUUCAAUGAAGCCUUUGACCACCUUUGCAACAAGAUCAUUGCCACCCGAAAUCCAGAAGAGAUCAGGGGAGGUGGUCUCCUUAAGUAUUGCAAUCUCCUUGUAAGAGGCUUCAGGGCUGCCUCGGAAGCAGAGAUGAAGUCUCUUCAGAGAUACAUGUGUUCCAGGUUUUUCAUUGACUUCUCAGACAUCGGGGAGCAGCAACGGAAGUUGGAGUCGUACUUGCAGAACCACUUUGUGGGAUUGGAGGACCGCAAGUAUGACUAUCUCAUGACCCUUCAUGGCGUGGUGAAUGAAAGCACAGUGUGCCUGAUGGGACACGAGAGGAGACAGACUUUAAAUCUGAUCACCAUGCUGGCCAUCCGGGUGCUGGCUGAGCAAAAUAUCAUCCCCAAUGUGGCCAAUGUCACUUGCUACUACCAGCCAGCCCCAUACGUCGCAGAUGCCAACUUCAGCAAUUACUACAUCGCCCAGGUUCAGCCAAUGUUUCCUUGUCAGCAACACACAUAUUCAACUUGGUUGCCCUGUAAUUAACAGGUUUUAACGGACUUAGUGGGAGAACGUUUUCUCUCAAGCCCAUUAAGGGAGGGGGUGCCUGUCCCCUUUGGAAAAUAGGGUGGUUCCCAUAUAGCGGUGAAUCUGCUCUGGCUUCUGAGUUGUAGGGGAAGCUGUUGGUUCUUCUAUUUAAUGCAGUGGCGCAAGAUUUAGAAAAGAACCAAAAACUUACUGGAUUCCACCACAGAGCACAAAGCCUGUCAUAAAAAGCAAACAGACUCCCUUGAAAUAAACCAGGGAGGAAUGCUUGAUGACAAUAUGGGUAGGCAACACCUGCUCCCAUAGCUAUGACAUAGGGAAAGCUGGGAAGCCUUUUUAAAAAAUGGGAUCUCAAAAACAAAACAACAACAACAAAAAAAAAAGAGGGGCAAAGGGGAAGAAUAUGAGCGUGGGGAGGGAGCUAAAUCUGUGUUCAGGAAUUUAAAAUUAGUGGCCUAACACAAGAGUUGUGUUGGAAUAAGGUAUAUUUUGGAAUUAUUGCCUUUUGGCCAUGCAUCAAAGUGCUGUCAAGUGGAAUGAUCCCACAGAAUGUAUAGCUUGCUUGAAUAGAAUGCUUUAAGAGUAACAACUUGCUCCAAAGGAAGAGCAGUAGAUGGUUACAGUUAUUUAAAAAAGAAAAAGAAAAGAAAGAAAAAUAAGGAGGGCUGUGCAGGGUGAUAGCAAAUUUCAUUAUUUCCAGCUGUAUGCAUGCUUCACAUUUUUUAAAAAAAUGUGGAAAAGUAAAAAACACAAGGAAAAACAGCUGUAGCAAGCAACAUAUGCUUCAGGACCAAAGAUUUCUCAGACAAAUUAUCUAAACAAAGAGAACACAGUAGACUAUUACAAAAAGAAAGAGAGAGAGAGAGUGAUUGCUAUAUUUGUAUACACAAAUGUUAAACAAAAGUGCCUGAUGCCUUCAGAAAAUUUGAAGUGAGAAAAAUAUAGUUUUGUGGUUUAACCUUGCAUUUUGUUUUUGUUUUUUAAUCAGGGACACAAGAAACUAAAAAAAAAAAAAAGCUUGUGAAUAAAUGGUGGAGGAAAUGACUAUUUUUUUUUCCUGGCAAAUACCUAUAAAAAGUUUAUAUUGUUGGUGUGAUAUUAUCACAGGUACGUGUGUGUAUGUGUGUGUUUAUUUGUCAUGUGUGCAUAUAUGUGUGUAUGUAACAUGUUAUGUAUAUAUACACACAUUUUAAAUAUGGUCUAGAAAAAUGUAGCAACUUUAAGGAAUGUUUUACAUAAAAUAAAGUGCGUUUUCCAGUCUGCAACAGGAUAUCAGAAUAUUGAGGGCAUUUUGCUGAGAGAGUCAUUACCCUGCACCAGAAAACUGGGAUAAACAAACUAGUCAUACAUAAAUUUGGAUUCAAAUUAGGCAUUUGUUUGGAGGUACAGAUCUUAAUAGUUAUUCACUGAGUUACUUUUGAGCUACAUCAGUUUUUAGUCUGGACAAACAUUUCACUUUCCUCUCCAACUUUGUACUGUAAUAUGAUUUUGAUGUUUAUCUCACUUAGUUUUGUGACUGCAUACCUCUAUGGUGUGUUAGACACCUAUUGCAAUGUGGCUUAAAGAGACAUUAACCCUGACAUCUAAAGAUUUUAGCUUUAGCCACUGAUCUAAAUACUCAUUAUUAAUAUAUAUUUUAAACUAGCAGAAUGCACUGUGCAUUCCACGACCACUAGAAGUGAGUAAAUGUGAAAUGAACCAUUAUGAAGAACAUUGAAUAGAUGUUUAAAAUGUAUAUUAUAUAUUAUGCAACAAUUAAACAACUUUGAUCUGGUUGUCACACUGCAUUUUCCAGCUUAGUACUGUACCUUAUUUAAAACAAAUCAUUGGAACAAAUAAUCUGAUUUAAUUUCCUUUCUCUCAAGCAUCAGAGAGCUGGGAAAUCAUUGUACAAGGAGUGUUUCUUCCACCACUGUGGUGAUUUAUCAUACAAAAGAGUUUAAUUUUCCAGCCAAGGGCCUUUUCAAAGCAAACAAAAUCUAACAGAACACCUCAGAAGCAUUCAAAUAGAGAGCUAAGAGCUCUUAAGUCCAUGGACAGAAAAUCUGUGGGCUAAAAGGCUCUGAAUUGUUGUGCUGGGUUGUGGCCCACAUUUUGGGUUUUUUUCAUGCUAAGGAAAGAACUUAUGGUUAUAGCACUGAACAGAAAAAUAUAACCAUGCCACCCACUGUAGAAUCAAAUGAAACAGUACUGUAUAUAUGCAGCGCAUGCAGAGAAAUGUUAAAAGCAGCAUAAAAUAUUUAAAGUGGCGGGAUUAGUAAAUUGCUAAGCAGUCAGGUUAGUGUCCCUUUGUCCCAGUAAAGCUCUGACAAUGUUUUUUUCUUUACCCAUUUUAAAUUAUAGAAGCUUCCCCCCCCCUUAUUUUUACCAUCCUUUUUAUUUCUAAAAUGAAGUUUAACAGGAUCACCAUUUGUUUACUCAACCCUCUCCUAUGUGAAUUUGUCAGGAAUUGGUCAGUCAUUGUCUUGACUUGGAAGCCCUCUGUCAUCACUUUUGCACUGCAUCCUUUUGAUGCUUACUAACUAUGGCCUGAAAAUGCAUGCACACACACUUACAAUCAGCCACUCACUCACACAAAUGUAUAUAUCAUUGUCUCUCUGUGUGUAUCCUACACAUGCACAUUUUGAUCAGUGCUCACUUGUGAAAAUGAAAUGUUUGCUCCUGGCAGACUUGUCCUUUCAGAGCAGCAAAGCCAAGACAGAGAUGGUUCUAGUCAAAACCAAGAAUUUAGCCUCUGGUUGUUUGGAGGACUUUCUGGCGGAAACCAAACUGAAGGCUGGGGAAAUAGGAUCAGCUGGUAAUGCGGUAUGUCCUUUCUCACCACAGCUAUUUCGUUGCAAAUAAAUGAGUCAUCCACUACUGAAAUGGUUUGGGAAUCUCUGGCAGUGCUGCAGCCCCAAAAUGCUGAUAACACAUUAUAUAUUUUCCUUAAGAGCAGGCUUUUCCAUCUUUUUUUUAAAACCAAAUAAUUGACAUUGUUAGUUUGGGAUUACGUCUUUUUUCAAAUUUUGAUUGCAUUUGAAGAUAAAAAUCAACAAAUGGUUGUCUUAUACUGAAUGCUUUAGGGCUUGGUUCACUUGAUUAAAUAGAGAUUCCCCCUCUCUGUUUUAAGGUUCCAGUGAUUUUUUUUUGUUAUAGUCUGUACACAUGUCCCUGAGUUAAAAUUUAUGAAGUCUUUGUUUUAAGUGGCUGGUUGCUUUAAGAAAAGGUGUUAGUGGUGUUAGUGAUGGAAAGAAACUGUGACUCCUAGUCAGAAUGAAAAUCAGAGCACACCCUCAAAACCUGUUGGUUUCUGUGGUUCCCUGUUGAGCUCUUUAUGGGGUCCAGGUACUGUAUGUCUCUCCCCAACAUCCACUCCAGUUGUAAUAAACUUUCACAAGAAGGAAAGGACUGAUACUCUGUAGAAUGUGCACUAUUCAUUCAUCAGAAUUUAAUAUUAUGAAACAAAGCCGCUUUCUUCAGUGUAAGAUAUCUCAGUUGCAAUGUCACGAUUCUGCUGGAGGAAUUGUGAAUCAAGAAAAAUCUUAAUUUGUUCUGAUACAACUGGAGUGGUAGGGAAGAGAAAAAAAGGAUGCCAGGUUUUGUUUCUUUACAGUACGAUAGGAUCUAAAAUCAUUUUAAUGUUGGGUAUUCUGAAAUGCUCAUAUUUCUAUGUUUGCUAUGUGGAUCCCAAGUGAUUGCAUAUCCUCUUUACACACAUGUCUAUACCACUUUCAUUUAUCAAAACAUUUUCAGCCCUGAAUCAUUCAGUACAGUUAGGUGGAGUGGUACUAUGUAUAUGUACUUAUAUAUAAUCUGCAAUAUGCAAAAACAAACAAGAUAAGUCUUUGAAAGGAAGCAAACAAAAUGGGAGAUGAUGAAAAUUGCUACUAGAAUUCUUGUUUCCAUAACUCUUUGUUUAAAUGCUUUAAAACUUAUUUGCUGCUAGUAUUGCACAAAAGUUUCAUGCACAGCUUAUAAAUGCCUGUUGUAAAAAUGCUUUAUUUGCAAGUUGUAUUAUUUGGAAGACUCUUAGCAAUUAAGAGAAAGCUUUAAAUGGUUUAUGGGAAGAAAAAGAAAUGUGGAAAGGAAAAAAAGAGAAGGGGAGGAAUAUAUAUCUAUCUAAUGACAUAUUCAGCACUUUCAUUUUUGUUUUUACUUUUUUCGUUUUUGGUAUGGCUUUCUGUUUUCACUGCAAUGGAGAAAAUCCAAAAUCCAUGUACAGGUUUUGCUGUUUGCUAUUUUUGCAACUAGUUAAACAUCAAAAAGGCCUACAGGCUUCAGGACGGGGUUAGACAUAGCGCCACAAAUUCUUGAAGUCUGUGGGAAGUGAUGCUGAUUUUGUUUUCCUUUAAAUUCCACACAACUGUUGUCUUCAGAGACAUCCUGCUUCACCAAUGCUCUCUUGACUGCUCUUUGGGAACUUUCAGACUGGGUUCUGUUGGAAGUUGAAACAAAGGGCAGAUGGAAAGCAGACACUUUUAACCAACGAACGCAUUUGCUUCUGUGCUAGAGGGAACAGAUUGUGAAUUUUGUUUACAGCAUCCAAUAUUUGGAUUUUUUUGUAAAUAAAAAUGUUAUUUUUUCUAUUUAUGUGUGUCACAUCUUUUCAGUGUCGAAAACA